AUGAACCGUUUGACGUGGUACACACCUGGAGAGAGCACCGAAGAACUGCUCUGUCAAGCUGGACAUGUGGGUAUCUACGAGGGUGAUUUAAAACAGACUCAAUUUGAGCAAGGUACGGUUUCAUUGACUAUGCAACGCAUUAUAUGGGCAGAUUCGUCGGAUCCUGACCGCCGACUUGUCCUUCAUCAUUCAUUAGUGAUUUCAAUGGAGAAACAUCACAAAUCCAUGUUCAGUAAAGGAGGAAAAGUCGUUGUGAGACUCGAAAAACCUAAACCUGGAAGUGUUGGACCAGUUAACUCAAGUCAAUACGAUACGAUUCGAUUAGUAUUCCGCCAUGGAGGAGAAGAUGAUUUUUUCAAAAAAUAUGAGGAUGCAGUCAGAAGAAAAACAUGGCAAAGGUCGAGUUCCGGUUCCAGUUCAAGUGGUUCUCGCGCUAGCAGCAAUCUACGCUCGGUGGGAAUAUCUGGAAUCGAAAGAAGACUGGCCGAGAACCAUCAGAAGACACAUGAGACCAUCACACAGGCAUUUGAUGAUAUGUCGAAACUUAUGGAAACAGCAAGGGAAAUGGUUGCGAUUUCAAAAAGUAUUUCGGAGAAAGUUAGGUCACGAAAAGGAGAAAUCAGCGAGGACGAGACAGUUCAAUUUAAAUCAUAUCUUCUAUCGCUCGGAGUUUCUGACCCGGUCACCAAAUCAACAUUCGUUGGAUCGGACUCCGAGUACUUCCAGAGUCUUGCCAAAGAAAUCACCGAUGUGCUUUAUCAACAUAUCAAAGAAAACGGAGGAAUGUGUGCACUGCCAGAAGUGUACUGUAGAAUAAAUCGGGCUCGAGGAAUGGAAUUAUUAUCACCGGAAGAUGUGAUGAAUGCUUGUGGUGCACUGAGCCGCAUCAACUCUCCAUUGGAAUUGCACAGAUUUCCAUCGGGAGUUCUUGUUGUUCAAUUGAAAUCAGCAUCUAUGGAGAGUACUGUAGCCCAAACGCUAGAGUUUGUUUCGAAACUGGAAAGAGCAUCAGCCAACGAACUAGCCGAGUCACUAGGGAUUACUGUCAUUUUAGCAAGAGAAAGAUUGUUAGCUGCCGAAGAAUCUGGUCAAAUAUGUCGUGACGACUCGAUCGAAGGACUUCUUUUCUACCCUAAUCGGUUCAUGGAUUGA